ACAGACCGGGCCGGGGAGGAAUGCAUUACACACGUGUGGUAUAUAUCCCCAUCCCUAUCAAUCCCUACCCCUAUCCCCGUCCCUAUCAAUCCCUACCCCUAUCCCCAUCCCUAUCAAAUCCCUACCCCUACCCCUAUCGCUAUUCAAUCCCUAUCCCCUUCCUCGCUAGGACGGGAGAACGAUAUGAUGGACGGACCUAAACGCCAUUCCCAGCGAACCUAUGCAGUGCUUCUGCAACCAUGAACGCACCGUGUCGCGAGCACACAUAUAUCCCCCCCGCCUCGCCUCGCCUGCGCGCUGUCUGGACACAGGUCCGCGCCACGACCAAGAUCCAAAGUCUCCAUGUUCUCUGACGAGUCUAGCAUCGCACCCCCCAUCCAUCCAUGCCACGCCCCUAGAAAGUCUCGCUCUGCCCAUCAUCACUCCCAUCCCUACUCGUCGUAUAAGUAAGCAACGACUCUGUAUCCGCACGACUCGCCGGUCGACGGCGGAUAACCGUGUCGUCGCGGCUGAGCUGCUGGCUCUGACCAUACUGCUCGGGCUGCUGGCUCUGUCGGAGGGGACUAGCGCCAGGCGCCGGGCUGCGGGGCCCCAUGGGUCGGGGACCUGUGAUCUUGCGCUGGGGACUCUGCUGGGCCGAGGCGCGGAGGUGUGCGCUGCUGGGGCGGGGAGAGGGGGUGGGUGAGCCCUGGGGGAGUUAGCGUCGUCGUCGUCGUC